CCUCUCCGCCGCCAUUAGGAGCCCGCUGCGCCCGAGGCCGCCCCCCUCCUCUCUCCCCCCUCCCCCCCUGUGUCCCCCCGCCUCCGUGCCUGCCCUCCGCCCCUCUGCCCCCGCCUCCGGCAGCGGGAGUCGCGCGCGGGCCCGCGGUGACCAUGUCCUGACUGAGGGGAGAGGGCGGAGGCGGCAGCAGCGGGGCGGGCGGCGGCGCGGAGGGAGGCGGAGAGGGGCCGGGCUCGGCUCGUCGCCGCGGGCUGCUCGGGGAGUCGCCGCCGCCGCCGCCGCCGCCGCGGCCGCCGGGCGCCGAGCGUCGGACGGGGAGGAGAAGCAGGAGCUGGAGGAAGAGCCACCGCCGCCGCCAGGAAUAGCUAUUCACAGUCAUACAGAACCACUUACCACGUUUUGCAGUAUCUCCUGAGGAAGUCAGAAUCUGAGCCAGCAUGACGACUGAAUCUUGUCUUUGGUCUGAUUUAUAAGCUGUAAUUUUAUUCUGACCAUGUGCAAGGUGGAGGCUAUAGCAUGGAAACUAAAAUCUUACUUCCUGCCUGACAUAACUCACUUCAAGAAGUGCACAAUGUCAGAACGUGGAAUUAAGUGGGCUUGUGAAUACUGUACGUAUGAAAACUGGCCAUCUGCAAUCAAGUGUACUAUGUGUCGUGCCCAAAGACCUAGUGGAACAAUUAUUACAGAAGAUCCAUUUAAAAGUGGUUCAAGUGAUGUUGGUAGAGAUUGGGAUCCUUCCGGCACCGAAGGAGGAAGUAGUCCUUUGAUAUGUCCAGACUCUAGUGCAAGACCAAGGGUUAAGUCUUCGUACAGCAUGGAAAAUGCAAAUAAAUGGUCAUGCCACAUGUGCACAUAUUUGAACUGGCCAAGAGCAAUCAGAUGCACUCAGUGUUUAUCCCAGCGUAGGACCAGGAGUCCCACAGAAUCUCCUCAAUCCUCAGGAUCUGGCUCAAGACCAGUUGCUUUUUCUGUUGACCCUUGCGAGGAAUACAAUGAUAGAAAUAAACUGAACACAAGGACCCAGCAUUGGACUUGUUCUAUUUGCACAUAUGAAAACUGGGCCAAGGCUAAAAAGUGUGUUGUUUGCGAUCAUCCCAGACCUAAUAAUAUUGAAGCAAUCGAGUUGGCAGAGACGGAAGAGGCUUCUUCAAUAAUAAAUGAGCAAGACAGAGCUCGAUGGAGAGGAAGCUGUAGCAGUGGCAACAGCCAAAGAAGAUCACCGCCGACUACGAAACGGGACUCGGAGAUGAAAAUGGAUUUUCAGAGGAUUGAGUUGGCUGGUGCUGUUGGCAGCAAGGAGGAACUUGAAGUGGACUUCAAAAAACUAAAGCAAAUUAAAAACAGGAUGAAAAAGACUGAUUGGCUAUUCCUCAAUGCUUGUGUGGGGGUUGUAGAAGGUGAUUUAGCUGCUAUAGAAGCAUACAAAUCAUCAGGAGGGGACAUUGCCCGUCAGCUCACUGCAGAUGAAGUGCGCUUGCUGAACCGUCCUUCUGCUUUCGAUGUUGGCUAUACUCUGGUACAUCUGGCUAUACGUUUUCAGAGGCAGGAUAUGCUAGCAAUAUUGCUUACAGAGGUGUCUCAACAAGCAGCAAAGUGUAUUCCAGCAAUGGUGUGUCCUGAACUGACAGAGCAAAUCCGGCGUGAGAUAGCUGCCUCUCUUCAUCAGAGAAAGGGGGAUUUUGCUUGCUAUUUCCUAACUGACCUUGUAACAUUUACGUUGCCAGCAGAUAUUGAAGACUUGCCUCCAACAGUCCAAGAAAAAUUAUUUGAUGAGGUGCUUGAUAGAGAUGUUCAAAAAGAGUUAGAAGAAGAAUCUCCAAUUAUAAACUGGUCCUUGGAAUUGGCUACACGUUUGGACAGUCGACUGUAUGCACUUUGGAACCGGACUGCAGGAGACUGCUUACUUGAUUCAGUACUUCAAGCUACCUGGGGCAUUUAUGACAAGGACUCGGUGCUUCGGAAAGCCCUGCAUGACAGCCUACAUGACUGUUCACAUUGGUUUUAUACACGUUGGAAAGAUUGGGAGUCCUGGUAUUCUCAGAGCUUUGGUUUACAUUUUUCCUUGAGAGAAGAACAGUGGCAAGAAGACUGGGCAUUUAUACUCUCUCUUGCUAGUCAGCCUGGAGCAAGUUUGGAACAGACCCACAUUUUUGUACUUGCACAUAUUCUUAGACGACCAAUUAUAGUUUAUGGAGUAAAAUAUUAUAAAAGUUUCCGGGGAGAAACUUUAGGAUAUACUCGGUUUCAAGGUGUGUAUUUGCCUUUGUUGUGGGAACAGAGUUUUUGUUGGAAAAGUCCGAUUGCUCUGGGCUAUACAAGGGGCCACUUCUCUGCUUUGGUUGCCAUGGAAAAUGAUGGCUAUGGUAACCGAGGUGCUGGUGCUAACCUGAACACCGAUGACGAUGUCACCAUUACAUUUCUGCCUCUGGUUGACAGUGAAAGGAAGUUACUCCAUGUGCACUUUCUUUCUGCUCAGGAGCUAGGUAAUGAGGAACAGCAAGAAAAGCUGCUCCGGGAGUGGCUGGACUGCUGUGUGACUGAGGGAGGAGUUCUUGUGGCCAUGCAGAAGAGCUCUCGGCGGCGAAAUCACCCUCUGGUCACGCAGAUGGUAGAAAAAUGGCUUGACCGCUACCGACAGAUCCGGCCUUGUACAUCCCUGUCUGAUGGGGAGGAAGACGAAGAUGAUGAAGAUGAAUGAAAAUAAUCAAAGAGCAGAAGAGCAAGGUGUCAGCUCUGUGGUGGCCUCCACGUCACUGCGGUGCUCCAAGCAGAGCGCCUGGCACGAAAUGAAGCAGAUCUGGCAGGGUCUGCUGGGAAGGGUUUUUCUGAUCCACACCCGAUGGAGACGAUGCAUCUGCUGUGUGAGGAGACAGAACUUUGGACUACAGUUUGUAAAAAAUGAAUUUUAUUAAGACAGAACUUUUAUCCUUUCAAAUUGUAAAUCUGUCUAUAAAUGUUAACGCAUGUGGUUGUGUAAUAAGAAAAGUUGUACCAGCAUCUUCAUAUUAUUGAGAAGUUUUUUCCAGCAUGGGCACCUCCAAAUGCACAUGGCAGAUCACUCUUUGUUCCUUUGAGAUAAUUCUUUUUUAAGUAGAACCUGGCAUUCUACUUCCAUCUUAAAAGAUCCAUUUUACAUUAUGUCUCACUAGAGCUCGUGAGAGAUUUGGAAACUUUUUGUACAAAUUAUCCACAGCAAAAAAUAAAAACAAGCGUUUAUUUUUAUUAAUAAUUUAGUUCCUGUUGUGCCCAAUAAAAUAAAAUCAAAUCUUUAAGGAACAAACUGUAAGAAAAGUAAGGAUUUUUUAUUGAGUGAACUUUGCAUAGACAUCGUUCCCUUGUUUUGGAAAGGGUUUUGGUUUCUAUUAUUUUGUCUUUUUAAAAGUUUCUGAUAUGCCCCUUUUCAGUGCUUAGGUAUUUAUUUGUUUGGAAGAGUGCCCUUAAGAUGGGGCUUCUUCUCCCAGACUCUGGGUAGCAGUCUCUUUGUGAAUCGUUACUUGGUGGAUGUAAGUGAGGGGAGUGCUCGGGGGAGCCGGUCCACUCGUAUGUAACUGAAUGAAUCGUGUGAACUUUGCCCACUUGACUCUGUUGACAAUGUUAUACUCUCCCAGGUUGCCAUGCAUAGGGUCUGUGGAGUCUUACUGUCUUUUAUCAUCAACUCUGCUUUAGGCAAAUUGUGUUAGAAAGGCAUGCCUUCGCUUGGGCUAAUUGGGAAUAUCAGUUCAGUAUAGAAUAAAGAUUUAAGAACGCAGUAAGGUGGUAAAUGCAUUGUAUAAUGAAUUUCUCAGUGAGUAGUCUGAGAAGUUUUGCAUGUUGAUUAAUUGUGGCCAUUCUUAUUUAAAGUUAAGACUAUAAUCUUAGGUAGGAAAACUUUCUACAAAAAGUAUUAUUUGACCACUUCAGGUAUACAUUCAAAACUGGGUAAAAAUUUCAGACCUAUCUCAGGAACACAAAAAGACUUAUUUAGUGUCCUGGUAAGCACUUUGUAGACUAUUGAUGUGGCAAGGAAUUUGGAAAGAAGCCCUACACACACACGCACACGCACGCGCGCGCGCACACACACACACACACACCCUUUCCUUCCCUUGAUGAAAAGUCUGUGAAAACCUUGAAAUAUUUACUUCUUGUUUUCUUCUUAAGUUCUGUUUAGAUGCUAUUGAAAUGUGCACAACAUCAGAUUUGAUGCUGGAAUACUAAAAAUAGAAAAUUACCUAUGA